AGAAUGCAACUACAUUAACUACUGCCAAGUACUAACUACAGGAAAUCACACCACCUGAGACCAGUUAUUCAACAUUUAUAAGUUAGAAGUCUGAAAAAUGAAGUAUCCGACCACCCAAAUUUCCCUGGGAAAGCCGAACAGUACAGCAGGCAGAGCUCUGGCAAAAUCUAACAAAUUGAGAAGAUUCUUACAGACUACCACAGAAAUUUUCCAUAUGGACUAUUUGAAGCUGCGCUCUGGCCGUACCAUACGAAAGGAAGUCUAUUGCUUUAGCAAGAAAACCACCAAAGUACCUGCAUUAAAAACAGGGAGAAAACACAAAGAACCUGUAUUCGCUGCUGCCCCUCAACAAGCUGCUAUCGCACGCUUGGCUUCUGACACACCUGGAUUUUAUAGAGAACACAUUACAAGCGGCAGAGGUUUCUCUGCUUUCCUGAGCACAUAUGACGAUCAGUUCAUUAAAAUUGUUCAGGAGGAAGGACAGUAUGUGAUGUAUGUUGAAGACUUGAUGAAAGACCAAAAGAAAGACAAGAUGUUACUGCAUCCCUAUGAUUCUCAACACCCCUCAAAUGAAGAAGGUUUUUCCAGAGAUAUGAACAAGUUAAUGGUAAGCCUGAGUCCUAUGGAAAACUUCUGGAUGUGUGCUAACAAAACAAAGCGCUCUGUGGAGCUCCAGAAAUAUGAAACUGGGUUGCCAGAGCAAGCCUACUUUGUCCUUCAAUGGGAGUCUGAAGAUUGUGUUUUAUUUGAAUGUAACAGCAAUGGUGGAACUUACAUGGGAGUGAAGAAUAAUCUCAUUACUCUAAUUGAGACAGAAGAUAGGAGUUGUAAGGACAUUAGGUUUAAGCUUUCUUUUGAAAUGUGACAGAAAGCUGUGGAUCCUGGGUUAGGUAGCCCAAAUGCUUCCAUUGGAGAAAGGAUGAGAGAUAAAGACAGACAACAUCUAAAUGGAGAGCACUUUAAAACCUAGUGAAUGUUUACCUUAGUUAUGUAAAAAUGUUUUUUUGGAUCCUUCAUUUCUAUAUGUAUUUCCUACUGUAUUACUACUGCAUAUUCAAUGUGAGUAUGGAUAUAUUAUAUAGAGUACUGUUAAAGAAAGCUGCCAAUAAUUCAAAGUGAUACAGCCUGACAUUUACUGUUUUCUACUUUCAGUCCAGGAAGAUUUUUCACAUUUAGAGAUGACAUCUCUGGGAAUAAGCAAGGGUCAUCCUUCAAGUCUCUCUUUCGAUAGGGAUCCAUUUUAAAGAGCUACACAGAGAAAUGAGGAAACAAUUUUCUCUGGUUCCAAACAAUAGGCUCAAACACUAGACCUGCUAGUCAUAAGACCAGAUGAUACAUAGAUUGACCAUUUCUCAACUGGUAUAAAACACUGAGAGAUGUCCUACACAACUCUCAAAUCAGAUCCUUCUGUCAGAAAUUAUGGAACUUCAAAUGCUUACAUGCCUAGGCAGAUAAUAAAAUUUGUUAGAAGGCAAGAAUAAUUUAAAAUAAUAAUAAUAAAGCCAAUAUUUGUAAAGAGAAUAACUUGACCUCUAAUAGUUUUAUUUUUGAAAUUCUGAUUUUUAUAUACAGAGUUAACUUAAAGCAAAGCACUUUUGCAUUAGGAAGUGAAAUAGAUCAUAGUUCUCACAUAAUUAUCUAACUAAAACAUUUUCUACAGAAAAUGUGGACAGAACCACAACAUAUGUUGGGCAUCCACGUUACCAUAGUAAGGCCAGAAGGUCCUCUAACCUACUAGAGCCUAGAUAAGACACAUAAUUUACAUUAAAAUUUCAAUAACUGAGGGCUAGGUGGUGGCACAGGAUAAUGCAACUGGACCCACGUGGGAAAGGUCCUGGGUUCACAUCCCAUUCCAGAACCUUCCUGAGCACCCCAGGCAUGCAUUCUUGCAUGUGCCUGUGAUCUGGGCUGGGUCAGACUGAGGAUAGAUCAUAGUGUAAAGCUUUUAUUAAGCCUAUCUCUGUUUGUCUGUCUCUCUGUCUCUCUCUUUCUCCAUUGGAAGAAAUAAACUUUUAAAAAUGUCAAAGAAUGAAUGUCCCUCAUGUUUGUUGCACACCAUGUCCUUUUGGCUCUGGCUUCUACAGAACUAUGACUUUUGAUAUACUCAUCAUCUUGGACAAACUUCCUUCUAAUCCUUGCUUCUCAUGUGCAGAAAUGUUUCUGUUGUCCAGCUUCUCAAUGAUCCAGCUUCCUGUAAAAUAUUCAUUCGAGUUCUGUCCUUUCUUCAUUAGUUUUGACAACUGCAUCAUUAAUACAUCUUUUAUGAAUGAAACUUCCCCCAGGUUUCAUUUCCACUUCAUCUGACCCCUAGAAGCCAGCACCUUUAUUCUGCUUUGUCUAUUUGACACUGUAGAUUUUAUAAAAAUCUAUUGAUGACAAUAUUUUUAUUAAACAUCUUUGUGUUUUACUACUACUAAGAUAGUAAAAUUUAUAUUCAACUAUAUAAUAUUUUAAACUACUGAAGGAAUAGCUUUUGCUUAUUUCAAGGUUUGGCAAUUUUUCAUAAGCUUAACAUUUACAAUAAAUGACAAACAUAAUACUUAACAAAUUAAAAAUAAGUACAUAUAUAAAUACAGUUAAAUAAAAUAAUUUUAAAAAACAGCAAGCAUCAUCCUUUAUGAAAAUACGAAAUGUUGACCAUGUGUAUCCGUUUGACAGACCUAAAAUAAUUAUUAGUGAGUAACCAAAUAUAUGCAUUAAAUUGUUUAUAUUCUUGAAUAAAGUGUAUUUUUCAAAAUUA